AUGUCGACAGGAUUUGACCGCCAGCAGCGUCAAGGCACCCAGUCGAACUCAAAUUCAGAUUCUAGCGCUCGCAAACGCCCUGUUCCCCGUGUUGAUACCCCCGUUGUUGAGACUUCGGACGAUUUCCAACCAUCGGAUCAGAAUUCCACUACUACAGCGCCACCCAACAUGAUGCAGAGCCAGAGAUCGCGAUAUUUCAAGACGGGGGCCAUUAUUGGCCUCCUAUUUAUGUUUAUUCUUUGGCUGAAUCCGUCAAGGCCAGCUGCGAGCAGUUUCACGCAGGAGCAUGCGCCCUCAGGUUCCGAACCUUCGACAAGAUGCACAAAGCCGCUCGAUCCGUCGAAGCCACUGAUUCAAUAUGUGCUCAUGAUCGAUGCUGGAAGCACCGGCUCGCGCAUUCACGUCUACCGGUUCAACAACUGUGGCCCGUCGCCUGAAUUGGAAGACGAGGUGUUUGAGAUGACCACACCGAAGCCUGGCGGCUCCGGCCUCAGUUCUUACAAGGAAGAUGCGGAGGGUGCUGCGAAGAGUCUGGACCCUCUAAUGGAAGUGGCUAUGAAGUCCGUUCCGGACGAGUACAAGAAGUGCACGCCGGUGGCCGUCAAGGCUACAGCUGGUCUGAGGUUGCUGGGUCCAGAAUUAAGCACAAAGAUCCUGGAUGCUGUGAGGACCCGCCUCGAAACCGUCUACCCAUUCCCUGUGGUGUCCAAGGAGAAUGGCGGCGUGGAGAUCAUGGACGGUUCUAACGAGGGCGUCUACGCUUGGGUCACCGUCAACUACCUUCUAGGCAAGAUCGGUGGACCUGACGAGACCCCGACCGCUGCUAUCUUCGACCUGGGUGGCGGUUCCACGCAGAUCGUAUUCCAGCCAACAUUUGAACAGAGCAAGGCUGGCGGCAUGCCCGAGAAGCUCGCGGCAGGUGAUCACAAGUAUGAGCUCGAUUUCGGCGGACGGCAUUUUGAGCUGUACCAGCACUCCCACCUUGGCUACGGUCUGAUGUCUGCUCGUGAGACGAUCCACAAGGCUGUUGUCGAAGCCAAGCUGGCCUCCAGCCCUAAGGACCUUUCCUGGCUCACCAACCCACUUCCCAACCCGUGCAUCAACCCGGGAAUGAAGAAGCAGGUCAAUCUAACGUUCGCGGAGGACCACCCUCUCGGCCCCAAGGUCUCUGUCAUGAUGACUGGUACACAUGAAGCCUCGGCAGCUGUUCAAUGCCGCGGUCUGGCAGAGAGGAUUCUGAAAAAAGACGCCGACUGCAAACUCGCACCCUGCUCCUUCAACGGCGUGCACCAGCCGUCCCUCGCGAAGACCUUUGCCCGCGAGGACGCCUACAUCUUUUCUUACUUCUACGACCGUACCUUCCCACUUGGCAUGCCCGAGUCCUUCACUAUCGGCGAGCUACACCAGCUCGCCUCAACUGUCUGUGGUGGCCAAGAGAGCUGGGACGUCUUCGAAGGAAUCGACGGUGCCAUAGCAGAGCUCCAAGACCGCGCCGAAUACUGCCUCGACCUGAACUUCAUGCUUGGCCUGCUGCAUUCUGGUUACGAGAUGCCCCUAUCCCGCGAGGUCAAGAUCGCUAAGAAGAUCAAGGGUAACGAACUGGGCUGGUGUCUGGGUGCAAGCUUGCCCCUCCUGAGCCAGGAAUCUGGCUGGACAUGCCGCAUCAAGGAAAUUUCGUAA